AUGGUUUCGUCACUCUCUGACUCCCAAAAAGAAUGGGUGAGACUAGCUGGACUUGGGGCUCUUUUACAAUUUGGAUUAAAGGAACUGCCACAUCAGUUGGGAGGAUCAAUCAGUAUCACAGAGGAAGAUGUACAUCAAGUGAUGGGAUUACCUCUAGGCAGGAAGCGUAUACCAGCUUCCAGUACUGGCAAGUCAGCAUUGGUGGAUGAAUGGAGGGGUCAAUUCACAGACAGAUUUGGUUGGAAAAUUACUCCAGGGGCUGUGUCUGAUAAACUGAAGCACACUUCUGAUGUUAACCUGUUUUUUAAACUGAAUUUCUUGGUUCUCUUUCACAACAGCAUGAUCCAGUCGCUUAGCAAUCCGUAUAUUAACCAACAGAUUCUAGUACUUGGUGAUGAUGUUGAUCAGUGCUCUGAAUACAAUUGGUGUUCUUUCUUGCUUGACUCAAUGAUAGAUAGCCACCACAAGUGGAAGGUUGACCCGGCAAAACAAUUCUACACGGGUCCUCUUGCAUUCUUGAUUCUGUUCUAUGCCGAUCGGGUUCUGUUCAAAGGUAGGAGGUUGGUUGAGAGAACAACCCCUACAUUUUUAGGAUGGACUGACUUCGCCUUGAAGGAAAGACAGUCAGAGGAAAUAAGUACAAAUUCAUUUGGAAAAGGUGCAUUUACAGAGAGGGUUGAACUUGCACCUUCAUCUCGAAUGCAGAGUGCUACUGGAAACUCUCCUAAAAGUGUUGACACAAUUAGAAAGGAUUGUAUUGAGAGGGUUCAACGGAGAGCUGCAGAGCUGGAAUCUGCAAAAAAUAGAUUUGAUGCUGAGUGUGAGACAAUGAGAAAGCUGUUCCCCGAUGACAAUGAGCUCUUUCAAAUUCAACAAAGAGUUUCAAAUGUUCUUGUGCAGGGGUGUGGACAUCGUGUAAGUACCUGUGACGAUGAAACAGCUGUGGGAAACAUUGUUGAUGAUACCCCUAACGUGAACACCAAGGUGAGUAGAGAUAUGCAUUGUUCCCCUGCUGUUGAUCCAAUAUCAGGUGAUAUACCACAAACACAAGUCUCCCCAAUGUUUAUUCAAGAAGUUGAUAAGAUUAUAGAGUCUGUUAGCAUGAAAAAGGAUGACAGACCAGUGAGACGGAAGAUCAGCGAAUGUAGUACCCCACAGACUGAGGAACCUAGUUUUUCUCUUGGGCUGACACAGGAUACUCAGACUGAAUCAGUGGAAAUGGUUGAUGUUGUUCAGAUUGCUAAAGCUUGUGAAUCUGAAAUCAUUAAUGAAUCUGUACAAAGAACUGAUAAACAAUCUGAAGAUGCUGCUGCAGUUAAUGAAUGUAAAGGUAAGAAAGUUCAGGUGGCCGAAAAUAAGGGACAUGCGGGAAGGGGGAAAGAAAAGAGGAUGGUAAAGCCUGCAACGUCUCUUCGGUCACCAUGGGUGCAGAGGGUAUCUCAGAUUACUGCUAGGCAAAGUCAGCUGGAAAGCAUCAUAUGGAAUUGGGUACAUAGAGAAGAAGCAAGGCAUUCAGGAGAUGAUUCUGCUGAAGAAGAGAAUUUUGAAAUGGUUUUUAAGUGGAGACAAAUUGAAUGUUUCUUACCUGCUUUCAAGACUUUCCUUCCUACUGAUUACAUUGAGGCAAAUGUAAUCAGCAUUUGGUCCUAUAUUUUGAACAGCAGAGAACAAAUGAAGUCUGGAAAUUCUCCACUUAGAUUCUUCUGCAAUGUUGAGACAACCAUGAGGUCAAUGAUAAAUUGA